AUGAUUGAUAUCUUAAAUAUUGGAAGUAAGCCGGUCUUUGACGAUCACGUCAUCAAGAUUGAGGCUUACACAUACAAUCCGUACGCAAACACAACGUUUGGACAUAACGAUAAAAUAAGAAUACCUAUACAACAGCAAGAUUUAUACAUCUUGCCAUGCGAAAGCUUUCUCUAUGUCGAAGGAAAAUUGACGAUAAAGAGGAAAAAUAAUGAAUCAAUGACAACUCUUGAAAACAAUUGUAUAGCAUUUAUGUUUGAUGAAAUUCGAUACGAACUCAAUGGUGUGAAGAUUGAUCGCAACAAAAACGUCGGAAUAACCAAUACAAUCAAGAAUUAUGUAUCGCUGACGUAUGACAAGGCGCUAAUUUUGCGAAACGCAGGAUGGGACAUUUCGUCGACCAUAUCGGAAGGAUACUUUAAUUUUUGCGUACCACUCAAUCUGUUGUUUGGUUUUUGCGAAGAUUACAAACGUGUGGUUGUUAACGUUCGUCACGAAUUGAUACUGAUACAAGCGACAACAACUGUAUGGUGGGAGUUUCGACGAUGGAACCGGAAAUAG